AUGGUGCCCAAUGACUGCGGGCAUGAGAACGAGAAGAGGUUAUGUGACACAAAGAACAAACGCGUUUACAAAGCCGUGCGACUGGCCCUGCGACAGCUCAUCGUUAGCGGCUGUCUGGUGGACAAGAAGCUGUACAUUGUUAUAUUUGAGAACGGAUUGAGG